CUAACCUUCGUCGUUCUUGCUUCAUAUCUCUUGUCCAACCUCGAUGAUUAUUCCAUUGUGAAAAGAACUCCUCAAUCCUUCUUGUACCUUUUCUUGUCUUCUUGCGUUGUACAGUCGAGUCUUUUCUGGCGCCGGCACAGCGGACCUUGCUUUUUGUUGUCUAGAACAUUGUUCCGUUUGCAGCAUUCCAAGCUCAUACAUUCUCACCAUCUUCGAAAGCAGACUUUUGUCUCCACCGUCCGUCGAAUCUUUAUAACCUGUCACCACUGUUAUGGACUUUGCUCUUGAAUAUACUCAGAACGCAGCUCCUGGCUUGUCCACAAUGGCGGAACAACAGAAAUUCUCGGCUGUACCGAGAAAGGCAGAUACUCAGAGCGUCACGAAAAGACUUCAGUCUGAACUGAUGACGCUGAUGAUGUCUCCCACUCCGGGAAUCUCGGCCUUUCCAGAUGCAGAUGGCAACUUGCUACACUGGACCGCCACCAUCAUCGGACCCAAAGACACCCCAUACGCAGACCUCAAUCUCAAGCUUAGCUUUGAAUUCCCGGGAAACUAUCCUUAUGUUGCUCCUACCGUACUCUUCAAGACGCCGAUCUACCAUCCAAACAUUGAUUUCAGCGGGAGGAUAUGCCUCGACAUUCUCAAGGACAAGUGGAGUGCAGUCUACAAUGUGCAAACGGUACUUUUGAGUUUGCAGAGUUUGCUCGGGGAGCCCAAUAACGCGAGCCCUUUGAACAACGAAGCUGCCCAACUUCACCAGAAAGACCCUGAGGAGUAUCAGCGAAAGGUCUUGGCCCGUCAUCAGGAUAUCGAUGAUUAAACAAUUCUGCACUUGAGAAGAUGGGAUGGGCAUGACCCUCAUAUUGUUUGGUCCCUAGAUUGAAUAAGAGUCCUGGCGUUGGUUGAACGGGGUCCAUCUUUGGGGGCUGGCGGUGAAGUGAACAUUACUUGGCGUCAAGAGCAUUGGUAGGAGGGGAGUGCAAGUAUUGAGCGUUGCAGUCAUGUCACAUUGAGCAUUGUAUAAACCACCUAGAAGGGAUGCACCCAGAACAUCCUAUUCCUAUUACCCUAGUCCAUAUCCUAACCGUUCACGUCCUGCGUCCCGGUAUAGUUGGUGCCGAAAUGGCAAGCUUUCAU